UUACAUAUCAUCAUUUUGACGCGCCUUGUUCCCUUGUGAGUUGUGAUAAAACAUAUCCAGUCCAGAUUCUAGGAUAAGCAACCAGGGUUCUAGGAUAAGCAGAAACAGACAGAACACUUGCAAAAUACAAAAAUAAAACUAUACAGAUCAAGAAUUCCCCUCAUCCUCAGUAAAAUGGAAACUUUGGGUCUUCAACUCUCUCCCACCAUAGCUCUAAACCUUCCUCGCAGACCAAGAAAAUGGAAUUAUCUUUCGGGCUUUGCGCCGGUGCCGAUUGCUACAGGCCCAUCUUUCUCGAACAGCAGUAUUCGCAGCAACGGUGUUACGAGAAUGCAAGUGGUUGAGGAGGAGUUCGAGGUGAAGCAGAUGAAGGAUAUGGCGGCAGCUAGAAAGAGAUGGGAGGCUCUGGUUAGGGAAGGGAAAGUCAAAGUUCUAACUCCAAGAGAAGCUGGAUAUGCCAUUCAACUCUCACAUAAAACCUUGCUUGAUGUACGUCCCUCAAUCGAGCGUCAGAAGGCAUGGGUCAAAGGCUCAACGUGGAUUCCUAUAUUUGAUGUUGACGAUGGCUUGGAUGCUGGAACUCUUUCAAGGAAGAUCACGGGAUUUAUGAUGGGAGGAUGGUGGAGCGGCGUUCCUACACUAACCCUCAACAAAGAUUUCUUAUCGAAAGUGGCGGAGAAGUACCCAAGAGACACGGAUCUCAUCCUGGCAUGCCAGAAGGGCUUAAGAUCCCUCGCAGCUUGUGAAUUAUUGUAUAAUGCUGGUUAUGAAAACCUUUUCUGGGUUCAAGGAGGUUUGGAGGCUGCUGAAGAAGAGGAUCUUGAAAGGGAAGGGCCGCAACCCUUUAAGCUAGCAGGAAUUGGUGGGCUUUCGGAAUUUCUUGGUUGGACUGAUCAACAGAGAGCUGCAGCUGCCAAGGAAGGCUGGGGUUAUCGGCUAGUUUUCUCUGCCCGUUUGCUUGGACUUGUUCUUGCUGCCGAUGCGUUGUUUCUUGGAGCUCAACAAGUCGGCCAUUAUCUUGAGGCCUUGAGAUCUCACUAAUGAGCAAUAGGAAUGGAACAUUUUAGUAUAUUUUGGAGUUGAAAACGAAUGGAGAAACUGGGAAAGAAGAUAUGUGGAGUAAAAUACUAGAGUUUGAGUAUAUGGGAUUUGUAGGAGCUGGUGAAGUGAGUAAUAUGUGAGCAACUUGAGCUUUUGUUUUGGGAAUAAUUUCAUUUAUGCAGGAAAGAUUUACUUGACCUUCUAUAAUUAUUAGGUCGAAA